AUGGCUAUAGCAGCAAACGAGAGCCUGACAUUAACAGGCAUGCCACCUGAGAAUGUUGAAAAGCAGCCACUACCAUCGCCAAUCCCUGAAAAACAAAAAAAAUCGGCGGCAUUUUCUCUAACGGUCUUUUGGCUUUGCCUCGUGUCGGUGAUCACAUCGUUGGAUUCCGUCAUUAUCACAGCUAUCCUGCCGUCGAUUGCGAGAGAUCUCCCCGGUACAACAGUUCAGCUUUUCUGGUGCGGAACAGGCUUCUUGUUAGCUCAGACGGUCACCAUUCCGCUCUAUGGUAGCUUUAGCGACAUCUUCGGGCGUAAAUGGGCUCUAAACCUCGCAUUAACCAUCUUUACACUGGGCAGUAUUCUUUGCGCAACUGCGAAACACAUGCAAUGGUUGGUUGCUGCGAGAGCAAUCAAGGGUCUCGGUGCCGGAGGCAACCUCAGCCUAGUCUCCGUUAUCAUCAGUGAUAUAACAACCCUUCAAGAACGGGGUUCGUACAUAUCUCUAGUAUCUCUGGCGUGGGCAGUUGGCACGAUAGCUGGGGUCCCCAUAGGAGGUGCUAUCGGAGAGCGGACUUCAUGGCGAUGGGCAUUCUGGAUCAACGUUCCCAUCUGCGUCGUCUCCAUAAUCGGCCUCACCUUCUCUCUCAGGCUUAAGAUGGCAAAAACAACCCUAACGGCCAAAAUUGCCCGCAUUGACUUUCCAGGCAUUAUCAUUUUUGUCGGCUCAACCACCUCAUUCCUACUAGGUUUGACAACCGGCGGCACAAUUCACUCCUGGGACUCCGCGAACGUGCUCGUUCCACUCAUUGUAGGUGUGGCAGGGUGGGGUUUAUUUAUCUUUGUCGAGCUAAAGAACGCCCGCGAGCCCAUGAUUCCACUUCGGGUUUUCCAUGACCGCACAGCCGCGACGGGGGGAUAUUCUAGUGUAUUCUUCCAUGGUUUGGUGUUGUGGUGCUUAUCAUAUUAUAUUAUCAUCUUUUUUCUCGGAGUCACCCAACACGGUCUCCUUCAUUCAGCCGUGGAAACACUACCAGGAACCGCCUUCAUCGCCCCCUUUUCCAUUACCGCAGGAAUAUUGAUGACAAAAACCCUCCGCUUCCAAAAGAUAAUCUGGGCUGGCUGGGCAAUCAUGACCGUCGGCACAGGCCUUAACGCUCUAUUGAAACCUCACUCGACCGGCGGCAUCCUCUACGGCGUGCGCAUCAUCAUGCCCAUCGGCGCCGGUCUUUUAUUCCCCACAACAGUUGUAGCCGUCCAAUCCGUGCAAAAGGGCGAAGAUGUCGGCAUCGCCACCUCCGUACAGGUCUUCGCGCGCAGUCUGGGCCAGGCCUUUGGUGUUGCGCUGGGUGCGGUGAUCUUUCAAAACGAGUUUGACAGAUUCGUACGGCAGGCUGUGGCGGCCGGCGGACUGAUUGCGAGAAACCCACUGAUGUUGAUACCGGGAUCACAGGCGGACGCGGCUUUUGAAAUCAUCAAGACGUUCCCUGAGAGUGUGCAGGAGAUCUAUCGAUUUGUGUAUGCGGAUUCAUUGAGGACGGUUUGGUAUGUGAUUACGGGGAUUUCAGGGUUUGCGCUUUUGGUUAGUUUGGCGAUGAGGGAUGAGAGUUUGAAUAAGGAUGCGAAGGGGAGGCAUCGGUUUGACCAUGAGGGGAAGGAAGGGAGGGUGGUUGAUGGUGAUGGUGAUGGUGAUGGGCCUGGUGAACGGGAUGUGAAGCGUGAGAGGUUGGAGAAUGACGACGGUGUGAAUGGGAGCAGUGUGGCAACCACCAUAGGAUGA